UAAAUAACACAAAUUUGAGGCUAUGUAUUAUAAUAUUAUAUAAGAUGUGGCAAAUUAUACAAACGCAGUCAUGUCAGCUUUUGCGGCAAAGAUUGCUAACAGUACAGAGCAAAGGUCAAUUUAUUAAUUUAAUCAAGACCAAGUCGUCGAAUGAGUUAAAGAAUCAUGUAUAUUCUAAUUUUAAGAAUACUAGCGAGAAGUUUGGUAUUCUAUGCAGUCCCUGGAAGAUAUGCACUGGAAUUAGUAUCGGUUUAUCCUCUCAUUUACUUAUAAACAACUACACAGCUCUAUGUAAGGCUCAGACUCAUUCAAGGGUUAUUCAGCGUAGACCAAAUGUACACGAGGACAGCGCAAAGUUUGACUGGAGAAGAUUCUUCGACUAUCUCAAACCACACAAAUGGUUGUUGGCUGCAGCUGUAGCUUCAGCAUUGGCUGUGGCAUUUUUGAAUGUUUACAUACCAGCAAUGUUGGGUGUUAUAGUGAAUGUGCUUGCCAACAUGAAGCACAAUCCUGGAGCAGACUUUAUUGAGGAGAUAAAGUUUCCAGCAUUGAAGCUCAUAUCAUUGUAUAUUGGACAGGCAACAUUUACAUUCUUCUACAUACAUCUACUGGCACAAGUGGGCGAGAGAGUGGCGGCGCAGAUGAAGCAGGACCUCUUUGUGUCUAUACUCAACCAGGACAUGGCGUUCUUUGAUCAGGAGAGAACAGGAGAGCUGGUCAACAGAAUAACAGUUGAUGUUCAAGAUUUCAAGAGUUCAUUCAAACAGACCAUUUCUGGUGGACUACGAGCAAUUACUCAGGUGGUGGGAUCAGCAGUGAGCCUGCUCAUCAUCUCCCCACAUCUGACUGGCCUCACCAUGUUGUGUGUGCCAUCCGUGGUCAUAGGUGGCACAUUCAUUGGUUCCUUGUUGAGGAAAUUGUCCAGAGAUGCGCAAGCUCAGAUAGAGAAAGCAACACUAGUAGCGGAGGAGGCGAUAUCUAACAUGCGGACGGUGCGCGCGUUUGCCGGCGAGGAGAACGAGGCGCGGCUCUUCGCGGCCGAGUGUGAAGCCGCUGCGGAACUGAACAUGGAGUUGGGACUGGGAGUGGGACUGUUCCAGGCUGGGACGAAUUUGUUUUUGAACGGCAUGGUGCUCGGUACUAUGUUUCUAGGCGGUCACCUGAUGGCGGCGGGUCAAAUGACCGCUGGUGACGUGAUGGCUUUCCUCGUCAACGCGCAGACAGUGCAGCGGUCUGUCGCGCAGCUGUCGCUACUGUUUGGCUCCGUGGUGAAGGGCCUGAGUGCGGGCGGACGAGUUUUUGAGUACAUAAACAAGCAGCCGGCUAUGGACACGUCGGGUACUCGCGUGAUCAAGUACCACGAGUUGCGAGGCGACAUAGAGUUCCGGGACGUUACCUUCGCUUAUCCCACGCGGCCUGACGCGGUGGUACUGAAGAAUUUCAACUUGAAGAUCCCGGCGGGUAAGACGGUGGCUAUCGUUGGUACUUCCGGCAACGGAAAAUCUACAAUAGCGGCGCUGUUAGAAAGAUUCUACGACGUGAACGCUGGCAGCGUGACGAUAGACGGCGUGGACGUGCGCGAGCUAGACGCGCGAUGGCUGCGCGGCCGCACGCUCGGCCUGAUAGGACAGGAACCCGUGCUCUUCGCGACCACCGUGAAAGAGAAUAUCAGAUACGGCCGUCCCGACGCUAGCGACGACGAGGUAUACGCGGCUGCUCGUACGGCUAACGCUGAUGCAUUCAUACGUGGCUUCCCCGACGGCUACGACACGAUGUGCGGCGAGCGCGGUAUAUCAUUAAGCGGCGGGCAGAAACAGCGUGUUGCCAUAGCGCGCGCCGUGCUCAAGAACCCGCCUAUUAUGAUACUGGACGAGGCUACCAGUGCCUUAGACUCAGCGAGCGAGAAGGUGGUCCAAACGGCACUGGAGUCGGCCGCCGUGGGGCGCACGGUGCUCGUGAUAGCUCACCGACUGUCCACCAUACGCGGUGCGGAUAUCAUCGUCGUGUUGAACAAGGGGCAGAUUGUUGAGAUGGGCAACCACGAGAAGUUGAAGAAGAUGAAGGGUCAUUACUGGAACCUCAUCAAGCAGCAGGACGAAGCGGAGGCCAGGACUGCGGGUUGAUGGUGAUGAACUAGACAAUACUUAGUCAAAUUCACAAAACAAGUAAUACUGUGGCUUACUGUGUUCAGAUUCAAUUUAAUUUAAACGUAAAGAAAGAAAAACAUUAGAACACUAUUUUUUUAACCUGUAGUUGCAGAACCGACGCGAAGCAUCGCUGCAAUUUUUUUAAAUUUACUACACAAUAAAAUACACGAAGUUUCACUGCAAUGUUUCAUAGCGCAAGACCGUGUAGUUCAAAAUUAUAAUUGCAAUAAAAAGCAUUAUUUGAAACCGCGUUACGUUAUAAAAUAUGACUUUCAAAAAGGAGCAUUUGGCUGUAUACGUUCUUUAUUUUUAUAAGUUUUCGUAUUGGAUCUAAGCUGAUAUAGAUAGAUUGAACUGCCUUACAGAAUGAUAGUACAAUUUUAAAAUGCACCAAGCAAUAACAUAGUUGCAAGUUUGUAAUUUAUUGUUGUGAAUAGUAAAAUGUCUUAUGAAAAUAAUUGCAGGGCCUUAUAUUUUUUUUUAUUAUGACAUUAUAAAUUAAUUUAUU